GCCAGAAGGAUGCAUGGCGAACGAUUGCUGAAAACAAAGCGCGGCGCAAACCCCCCGAAACUAACCCCGGCUAAAUCGUUACAUUAAGGGAUAAACCGCUCAAUCCCAGUUCCUAGAAAGGAAAAAAAGGUUGAAGCUGGGUCAAAGCCGCUCAGCUGAAAUUGCUGAUGUCUGGAAUAGGACGCAAAAGUCAGCAGUUUCUUGUGCUAUCAAUCAACUCAUACUUGAGCGUUGAAAUGAAUGAACAACCAGAAACCAAUUCUUUAACUACCGACAGCCUUUGACUCCAUUCAACCUUUGCAUAUUUCAACAGAAGAACUCUAUCACAUCAUCGCUCGUAUCCCUUAAGCCACCAAAUCCACAAUUUUGUUGUGGUGGUUGAGAGUUUCUAUGGUGAAAAGUCUUCCGUACUGGUCUUUCUAGCCAUAACGUUAUGAGGUGUGAGGACGGAAUCUCGUAUAUUUAACUACUGCGCGGGGAACCAACUGGUGCUUGCCAAAGAGUUGACGUGCAAAAUACACAUGGGCAUCUGCCUGAAACAUGACCUUAAAUAACGAAAGCCAACAGUUGCGCUCGUUAUAUUUUGUAUUUAACAUCGUCGCAAGAAUAUAUUAUGAAAGCCAACUCCACACCGCUGCUGAUAUCGCCCCUGUUUCCUCACAAAGCUGACGAGUAAUUCAAUAUCAAAACGAUUUCCAGCACCCAGAGAAUACCAAAUAAUCAUCUAUUGCUUUUAUUGCUACCUUAACAUGCCUCGCUUCACCAGCCCUUUUGACGGAGCCGAGCUCUUCUAUAGGGAUUACCAACCUACAAGCAAUCCCCCGCCAUUCAGAGUGGACAAAACCUAUGCAGGCAAACAGAAGCCCGCACUGGUAUUCAUCCAUGGAUGGCCAAUGUCUUCGCUGAUGUUUGAGCAACAGACUCUACCCCUUUGCGAGACUUAUCGAUUCAGAUGCAUUGCCCCUGAUCGCCGUGGUUUCGGUCAGAGUGACUGGAACGGUGCCGAACCGGGCAAGGAGCAGAUAGACUAUGACGUCUUCGCUCAGGACACGGUCUAUCUAUUGGAGAAACUUGAUAUCCGGCCUUUUGUAUUUGUGGCAGCCAGUAUGGGCCCAGGAGAAACUCUGCUGGCGUACGAGCGCAGCGAAUAUGUCAGAAGUAACUGCAAGGGAUUCUUCUGGAUAGGUCCCGCACUUCCAUUUCCCCUGAACACUCCGGAAAACCCUACGGCACCAUCGCGCGAGGUGUGGGGAUCGAUUGUCGAAGGAUUCCGUGCUUCACGGGCUGAUUACACCCAUGAAGCUCUCCCGCUAUCACUAGCUGUACUCUCGUCAGACCGCAAAGUAUCAGAAUGCACGCUCCGCCGGGUGGAAGGCAUUGUUGCCCAGGCCGAUUCCCUCGCCAUCGAGCGCUGUGUCCAGAUCAUCACGAGCGUGGAUUUCACGGACCGCUUGCGAAAACUUGGUGCGGAAACUGAUGUUCCCAUCAUGUGCGUUCAUGGAGAUCAGGACAUGGGUUGUCCCUAUGAGUCCAGCACCCAAAUCAUCAAGGAUAUGAUUCCCAGGACGGUGGCCAGGAAGUAUGAGUCGGGUGCUCAUGGCCUGUAUAUCACGCAUCGUGAACAACUUCUUCAGGACCUACUGGCAUUCAUUGAUGGGUUAGUAUCUUAGAUUGUAUCGGCUGGUUGACCAUAGAGCUGAGCAGCAUCCGAUGUGCGAUGUAGAAGGACCGCAAAUUUGUAUCCAUGUAUUUAACUCAUUCCGAGUGACUUAUUUGAUAUCAAUGAAAUCGUUGAAGUUCCACA